AUGGCUUGUUUAAUAGGAGGAGACGAUACUGAGCUUGCGUAUACACCAGACGCUAGCUCUACUACCGAUCGGAUGUUGGGCAAGUUUCGGAACUGUGUAGCAGGCAAAGAAAAUGUGUUGUUGCUUUUUGAACCAAGUGAGGAGCGUGGGUCAGAUGAUGACAAUGCAGAAGAUUUACUUUUGUUAGCAGACGAACUGGAUAAAUUGGAGACAGAUUUCAUGAGGCUUAAAAGGCUGCAGCUGCAAUGGCAGCAUUUCGAGGCUUGUUUGAAGAAACACAUCAUACCAAGAGGGCUUCGUGUUCUUAAGAUGCCCACAUCAGAUCAGAGCAACUACCAGGAACUUUUUGGUGCUCUUGACAAUUCGUUUCUAGUCGCCUAUGCCAUCGGCAUGUUUUUCAGUGGUAUUUUUGGAGAGCGUCUUCCUUUGCGUUACUACCUGACUAGUGGCAUGCUACUUAGUGGGUUAUUCACAACUCUGUUUGGCCUGGGUUUCUACUGGAAUAUUCAUGCCUUCUGGUUCUAUGUACUCAUUCAGAUCGCAAAUGGCUUGGUGCAGACAACAGGAUGGCCGGCAGUGGUCACUUGCGUUGGGAACUGGUUUGGGAAAGGGAAGCGAGGAUUUAUCAUGGGUAUCUGGAACUCUCAUACCUCUGUUGGCAACAUCUUGGGGUCUCUCAUCGCAGGAGUCUGGGUUUCCUCUGCCUGGGGUCUGUCUUUCAUUGUGCCAGGAGUCAUUAUUGCUGUUAUGGGACUUAUCUGUUUUUUCUUCCUAGUGGAACAAUUUGCUUUACCUGACAUUUAA